AUGAAAACAGCCUUAGCAUCUAAAGAAGAACACCCCAUCAACUUCAUAUCACAUAUAUUAUGCCUCAUUCACUCGGUGGAAUAUGUUCAUUACAUGGGACUACUGCACAACGACAUCAAGACUGACAACUACUGUAUUAUCGGGAAGGCGAGCUUGCAACCUCAACCACAAGCAAUGUUUAUUCCUUGGGAUAUUUCCCACGAGAGGUCACCAAGGCAAGGGGAAUUGUCAAUGACAAGCUCAAGGAAGUGUACCGAAUGUGCAUGCAGCAGGAUAGAAACAAGCGACCACCCCUCACUUGGUGCAGAGUUCAGUUGGUGUGAAUAUGGACUUAAUUCUGAUUUAUUCUGCCGUACAAAUUUUGAAUGUGUACCUGUAUAA